AGGAGUUUCAGGCGCAAAAACAAAAAGUCUUUCUGCCACACCUCAGCAUGGUGCAGCAUUGAUCCUGUAUGUCUCGCUAUUUCGCCACGACGAUUAUUAUGGCCAUGUGUUGUAGUUGCAUCGACAUUAAUUUUGAUACCUGCUCCUGCACUGGCGAGGACUUUUUCUUCUUCUAGACAAAGAAAACAAGCUCAGUUUCAUUUCCGUCGCUCAUAUAAUCGACUUCCCAAACCAAAAGCAGCAAAAAAAAACAUGGCAGCCGGAAAGAAGAAGUCGAAAUCCGGCGGUGCCUCUGGUGCUGCCACCGCGCAGCAAGCCGGAACAAAAGCCAGUAAACAAACCGCUUUCGCCGGCGUGCUUUUCCGGAGAAACUUACUCAAUUUGAAGAUCGAGCGGUUGCUGCAGCAGAUUGAAAUUCCGAAGACCGAGAUCAGCAAGAUCGAACCCACGUUGCACGAAGUCUACAAAUUACUGCAGGAAUGCCCGGAGCGCGAGUUCGGGCUCGAAAAAUUCGGCGAGCAAUUCGACGAAAACUUGUUCCAUUUGUACAACGACUACAGUGAAGAUAAAACUCCAGCAAGAACUUUUGCUUCAUCUGGCCGCGAACGGGAGGAAGCGAACGCGACAUCAAACAAGAACAAAACGUUUCACUUCACCGCGCCGAAGAGAAUCGAGGUGGUGGGCUCUUUUCUGUUGAAGACCAUGGUCAAGAAGCAGGUGGACUUGGCAGUGUUUUUACCGGAAAACCUCUUCCAGUCCAAGGACCACGUCAAUUAUCGAUACGGUACGUUGUUUUGUCAUGGUAUGGCCUACGUUCGCUGGUCUAGUCUGAUGCCACGAGCGUGGUCUUCCAUUGAUGUCAGUUGCGCAUAUUACGCAAACGCUUCCGCUUCCUCAUUCCUAUGUAGAUGUGAUUCCUGUCGUGUGUAUUUUUGACAUAUUAUUUAAGGAUAGAAUGAGUUGUGCACCUGUUUGAAAUCGCUACAAAGCGAAGAAAAAACAACCAUACGAAAAUAUACUUCUACACGAUCCAUCUACAACAGCUGACAAGCGCACUGCGUACCUGGCCGUCCUGUACCAGUUUCUGUGCGAGAAACUGCAGCCGUCGGAGGGAGCAGAUUCGACGAAAAAUCCGGAGAGGACCAAGCAUUUGAACGUCGAGUACAUCGACGGAAAUCUUUACCGGCCGGUCAUCGUGCUGACCACAAACAACUGGAAGCUCCGCAUUCUCGGCACGGUGGAAAACGAAGUGAAGUUUCCCGAUAUGAAAUUGCAACUUUGGAAAAACGGCUUACGACCGAAAUUCGACGUGCCUUCUGUUACUGCGCAUCAUCGAAACGUCGAGCAGUAUCUGCCCGCGACGCCGUUCUACAACAGUUUGUUGCUCGAGGACCUGUACGCCACUCGCGUUCUGCAUCUGCAGCACCAAGCGAUCGAGCAAACGCCGGAGCUGAAGUACGCGAUUUUGCUGCUGAAACGCUGGCUCAUCGUGCGGGACCUGUCCGAAGAGCUCCAUUGCCCCAUCGGCAUCCUGGCCUGCCACGUGGUUUUGGGCGGGGGUAACAAUACCACUUCAGGGGGAGCAGGAGCAGUUGUAGGCAACGUCCUCGGAGCGACAGCGACAGGUAGCAAGAAAAAUUCUUCUCUGCUCAAAUUGCGGGAUCCGAUGCAGAUCUUCAAGGCGUGCUUGAAUUUCAUCGUGAAACAGCAAGAGAAGUACGAGGAAAUCAGGAAUUCGAUCGUGGAAAAGAUAUUGACUGCGGAGGAGACCGAAGCAAAGGGGAGUACCAGAACCGCAGGAACGGCUGGCAAAACCGAAACGGAAGCGGAGAACAAGACCAUGCUAGAGGCCGAUCGGGUGAAGAAAGCACAGGAACGGGAGGAUCGGAAGGCGCGAUUUUCCGAACUGCUCAACGAACUGCCGGAGGACAGUGUGUUUCAGCAAAUUCCAAAGCAUCACUUCGACGGGUCGGGCGGCUGCCUGCAGCAAUUGAAGAACAACGGGGGGCUCUCGUCGAAAAACGCCAAUGCUGGCUCAGCAGCUGUAACCGCAGUGGCUUCCCUGGAAGAGCUGCUGCAAGCGGAUCAUACCAAGAAAUCCUCAGGAGCAAUGUCGGGGGCGAAAAGUACGAAUAGUGCAGCAGGAGCUGGUUCCUCCAGCGGAAAGAAGGGUCAGCCGAAAGAAACUUCCGUGGAGCAGGGCAUGCGCCUGACGAAGGUCAGGUUUCUCAACCUGUUCGUGGGUGAGUUGAACAUUUUCCAGAAGUUUCCCCUCCCACUGCUGGAAGAACUCGCCUUCGAAGCCAAACUGACGCUGAAGACCUUGGACAGCAGCGACGUGGUGAUCGGAGGUGGACCUGCUUCGACAGCACGAGCGACCAAACCAAACGACUUUGCGUUCGAGCAGACCUUUUCGGUAUUGCAGCGCCCCGAAUUUCACUGGGACCAGAAAAUUGUUCUGGAUUUACCAGAAACCGGAAGCACUUGCUUGAAUAGAAGUGCCCGACUACAUGAUGAUCAUGGUGUUGGACAAAGGAAGGGGAGGACAGCUGCACAAGAAAUUUCUAGUGAACCAUCGGACAUUGAUCAAAAGCUGUCAGCGUCAUCCUCCUCCGAGGCCCCUGAAAGUGUGCAGGCGGUGGAGAAAGCCGUCACGUUAUUGCGGAAAGGUCUGGGCCAGUCCCGAUUAUGGCGGGUUUUCGUGCGAUUUUGCAACGGUACAAGUCCACAACCGGAGAACCGGGAAAUAAAUGACGAGAAGAUCAGCGCCAACAACAAGAAGAGGAGAACCAACAACCGCCUGCAGGCCAUCAUUGGUUUGAAGCUUCAGUUUCCCCGUGAGGCGGAGAAGAAAAUCCUGCGCGGCCCCUCGGCCGACGACAGUGCGAAUGUGAAAAAGUGGCAGCAACUUUGGCCGGCGAAGAACCUGGAAGUCCGGCGGUUCCGCGACGGAAAGAUCCAGCAGUGCGCGGUAUUUUCCGACAAGGAGAGGCCGCUGUCGAUCCAGAUCGUCGACGCGCUGUUGGAAAAACAUUUUCCAACCAACGUCCUUGUCGACGACGAGAGGACCACCUCCAAGAACAUCACGCAAGUGGAUGGGAAGGAUGAAAACACAAACGUCUCUACUUCGAAAAACACGAAGAGCAAGAAGCGCGGCAAGCAGGUCGACGUAGUUCUUGACAGCACAACUUCAGCAUCUACUUCGCCCUCGACUUCUACUGCGCCAGCGGUCGUACCUUGUCGUCGUCCGCUCGCCCGGCGGUGCGACCUGGGUCCGGAGCCGGUCUCCGCGCACAAGCACGCCCUUGGGCUGGCCUGCUGGAAGGACUUUGAGGAGCUGAAGGACAUGCUGCUGAACAACACGGAGAUGGAGCUGCCGCUCCAAAUCUCCCGCGUGUUGCCCUCCAGCAAGGGGUUUUCGUACAACUACGCGGAGGUCGUAGAUCCUUCUGCUUUGGUGGAAGCAGCAAUUACUGCGGUACUAGGAAAAGAUCAGACAUCUCUAGCUCAAGCCACCCGUCCGGAUACUAUCACGUUUCAGAACAGCGAGAAGUUUCUGGAGCAUGUCAUUAUCGAGUUCGAGUGGUCGGCGCUGUGGCCUCGCGACAGCGAGCAGGCGAUCCAGGUGUUUCAGGGCGCGUUUCUGCUGGAAAUCAAGAAACAACUGGAGGAGACGAAGCAAGUAAGAGCGGAGGUGGGAACGGAGUUCGUCCUUGAUGGUGCAACUACGAGAAGGGCAGAUGAUGUCUUUAAAACCUUGCCAAACGCAAACGCUCUCCGCACGGCACCUUCUCAACAACAAGCAUCUACUUCCAGCACUUCUAUCCCCCGUGCUUUCCUGGACGUGAUUUUCCCGAAUCGGAUCUUUCGCAUCCGAAUUUUCUACCCCUACGCGCCCUCGGUCACGGAGAACGCCCGGUUUCUGACGUUCGGCGCCCAAGUCAAAUCGAAGGACAUCAUGGACGUUCUGCGCGUCCACGAGAAGAAGGAUCAGAAUAGUACAGAUGCCGGCUCAUUGAAAGCAGCGACAGAAACCGACGGAACCGGAGGCGCUGAAGACGCUGGUGGUAGUGAAGCGAAAGAUGAUCAGUCUUUACCAGGAGACAUGAAAGAGGCAGAAGAGCAGGGGCUUUGCUCUGCCGAGGAGAUCCACGCCAACAACCUGCUUGCGGACGCGCACGACCGGCUUCAUGAGCUCCGCGAGAAGUGGUGGCGGCCGAAGAUCCGCCAGGCCUUCCACACGCUCGCCCUGCAGCAGCCCAACUUCUGCAAGACUUUGCAACUCGUCAAGAGGUGGCUGGCCGCGAAGUUGUUGCUCACCGCCGACGGCGGGUCCACAACUUCCUCUUCGCAGCAGCGAUACGAGGACUUUUUCGAGCACCUCACUGCCUUCGUCUUUUCGCAAGCCAGUUCCAAGACGUGCUUCGCCGGGUUGCCAACCAGCGCCAACGCGGGGUUUGCGCGGUUUCUGUGGACGGUCGUGCACGUCUUGACCGGGGAGUCCCUACUCGUCUUGGAAGACUUCGGGUUUGCGCCGCCGGAAGUGGAAGGUAAAAUGAUAUAUCUUCAAAACUCACAUUUCGAACUACAGGUCUAAUAGAUACUGAGUCGAGUAGCUAGCACUGAAAAUAAAUGAGAUUUUCAACCUUCCACUCGAAAUCUAGAUCUACAUUAUCGUAGCAAAGGGGUCAUCAAGAAACUCAAAAUCUUCAUCGCAUCGAUAUCUUUCAGGUGCUGAAACUGGUUUGGCGCAGGUGGGACUUUCUGCCAACACGACAAACCAUUUCAAUCCCUCCACGGAGCAAACACAACUCACCGAGGAGCAGCUCCAGCUGCUACAAAACAGCUACGAGCGAAGACGUGGGAACAACAACACGAGCGGGGGUAGUUCAUCGAGCUCGUCCUGCAAUUUGGUUUAUUGCCUGGUAACUCGCUACGACCCGCACGGAGUGUUCCUGCAAGUCCCGGGCCAGUCGUACCUCGCAAAGUUGAAGGAGCAUGCCGUCGAGGGACUGCAGCUGCUGAAGGAGCACAGUUUUAAUACUACUGGUGAAAUUUUCCCAGCAGCAACCACGUGGUCACCACCAGGAGCAUCGUCUUCAAGUAGUCCAGUGGGUCUAUCUUCACCAGAACAAAAUACGACUCCUCACAACCCGGCAGCGAAGAGAAGAAAAACCACUUCUUCUAUCGACGAUGCAGCGAAGGUGUUGAGUGUCCUCGACGAGGAGAACAACAAACUACCUGGCUCAACAGCAACAUUUCAGUUAUGCAGGCAACUCCUCGCCUCUCCGAGACCGGAAAAGUUCGACCUGCAGAUUCAGAUUUUUCCGUUCAAGAGGAAGCAAGCGCAAGCCUUGAACCGCACGCAUCCCUUCUUCACCGACUGCUGUGCAGAGUUGCUGAAGGAAGUUGGAAGCAGCUUUGUGGAAAAAAUGAAGCAAAAAUACGGCUCCUGGGCUACGUUUUAUUUUGCGAACAACAGUAGAACAUCAAGUGCCGCUGUGCGCGUCGUGGAGGAGAGCAAGGCAUCCGCAGCUUCUAUGACGAUCGCGGUGGAGUGGAGAAUGGAAGCCUUCGAACAAAGCGGGCUAACUACAUCGCAAACUGAUGAAGAACAGCACUACGACGUCGACCAAAAAAUGAACAGCAGAAGCGCGAAGAACAUGAAUUCUGCUAGUACGAAACUGAACAAGGCAAACACCCUGAAGCGGUUGAUGUCCCGGGGAUGCAGCUAUGGUGCGGGUUCUGCGGCCGCCCUGCCCGAUACGGACCAACUGUUGAAUGACGUGAAAAUGUGGCUUCAUGGAAUUCCGCACAGGGUAGUUUUUGCGUAGAGUAGAUAACAAGAACUGGUGGACAUGAGUGCACAUUAAAUUUGACACGCUUCUGCAAUGAACAACAGGUGUUGCCUGCGCGCAAGUAUGUAUACUGACAUCGACGGACUGCUGCAAUAGAGAUCAUGACCAAGACAAUCCUGAAGAUGAUUUGAUUUGUUAAAAACGUCAAAACUACUGCUUGUAUUCUGAAGUCGAAAACGGGAGGUGAGACUUUUGAUCGUCCUCUCCUCUCUGACCUCUGCAUCUA